UCCAUGAAAAACUUUCUCGCCGCAUCUUCUCAAUUUCACCUUCAGCAAUAAACUCAGUCCGGGUUCAAGUCUUUGCCAUCCGUGUGGAAAAUCGACUGCUGUCACAGUUGACGACAUGUCACCUGACAAACCGAGGAUUGAUCCCUGCACAAAGCGUCCGAUUCCUGCCAAUUGUACCCUUGAUUCUCCAGACAAACCUACGAAAAAAUCUUUUUUGGACGAGCUCGAAGACGAUUCGGUUGAAUACGGAAAAAGUGAAGAUGUGAAAAUUGACAACGUCAAAAGAGGCAGUGGUCGAUUCGACGAUGAUGAUGCAUCGAGUGGCAAGAAAACCGUUUUUGGAAAUGGGCAAAACGGAGACGACCAUUGGAUCAAAGUUGCAUUAAUGUUGGCAUUUGGGUUUUUUGUUCUUAUCUGGCUAUUAUCGUUGUUUUGCGGAGGGGAAACGCCACCGCCAAAAAUCAAGAGGUGUGAUGCGAUGUCACCCCAAGACUUUUUCAAAGAGUAUUUGGAAUCCGAAGAGAAAGUAUUCACAUUGCUGGUCAACUUCAAUAUCAUCAAGUCGAAGAUGAAGUGUCCGAAAUGCGAUCGAGGAAUCGCACCCGGAGAACUUCAUUCGGAAAAGGGUUGCUUCUUGGUGUCUGAACGUGGAGGAAAUCGAGCUUCCGGAAUUUGUGCAUUGAACGAGAAGGAAUUCGCCAAUUGGCUGCAAAAACGCGUUCUCGUCGAUAAGCAAACAAUGAUCAUCACCAAUUGUCGCACUGUCAAUAAACUCAGUCCGGGUUCAAGUCUUUGCCAUCCAUGUGGAAAAUCGACGGCUGUCACAGUUGACGACAUGUCACCUGACAAACCGAGGAUUGAUCCCUGCACAAAGCGUCCGAUUCCUGCCAAUUGUACCCUUGAUUCGCCAGACAAACCUACGAAAAAAUCUUUUUUGGACGAGCUCGAAGACGAUUCGGUUGAAUACGGAAAAAGUGAAAAUGUGAAAAUUGACAACGUCAAAAGAGGCAGUGGUCGAUUCGACGAUGAUGAUGCGUCGAGUGGCAAGAAAAGCGUUUUUGGAAAUGGGCAAAACGGAGACGACGAUUGGAUCAAAGUUGCAUUAAUGUUGGCAUUUGGGUUUUUUGUUCUUAUCUGGCUAUUAUCGUUGUUUUGCGGAGGGGAAACGCCACCGCCAAAAAUCAAGAGGUGUGAUGCGAUGUCACCCCAAGACUUUUUCAAAGAGUAUUUGGAAUCCGAAGAGAAAGUAUUCACAUUGCUGGUCAACUUCAAUAUCAUCAAGUCGAAGAUGAAGUGUCCGAAAUGCGAUCGAGGUGUGACCCUGAGAGAUCCCACAACUGGCGCAAGUGUGUUUGCCAGUGUGGAAAACGCGCAGCAACUGGCUCAAGACCUCCAACUCAUCCUGACCGGCAACGGGGUCGAAUGCGAUGACCUGCUCCCCAUUUACAUCAUUCAAGCCACGUGGAUCCGCACUCAUCAAUCCCUGCUGUGCUCAUCCGACAAUGACCUCUUUUUCUUGCUGCUCAAGGAACUCGCGGACGCGACGCAUUUGUGGGAAAGUGACCCAUGCGUCGCACCAGCAGCGGCUGUCACGACCCAGACUCAGGUCAAGCAGAAAUUCCGAGAAGACACGGAAUCUUCUGUGAGGAACAAUGCACGUGUGUCGUCGACUGACGAGGAAUUUGUUGACUGUUUGGAAAGAACUGAGCCUGAAAGGCGUUCUAGUCGUCGAUUGAAAUAUGAUGAUGAUCAUUUCGAAACAGUUGAACAAGGACUUGUGUAUGAGGAAAUCAUUCAGGAAGUAAUUUCCGGAGAUUCGCCAAUGGGAAGAUAUUCUGCAAGAGACACUGAUUGUUACCUGUCUCCAAAAUCAACUUCACCAAAGACCAAAGUCUGCAAUCUAGAUGACUGCAAAUUGGAGUCUCCAAAGGUCGAAGCCCAUCGGUCAAGAACUCAAGGGACUUCAGCUGUUCAAUCUCCACAAAAAUCCUCUACUUUUUGUCAAACCAAAUCGCCUCAAAGAAGAACAACGUCUUCGGGAUCAAACCCCAUCGUGACUAUUGAAAAAUCCUCAAGUCCCAGGGCUUUAGAAAAUGCUUCUCAAGAAGUUCAAACUGCAGAGUUUUCUUUGGGCAACGAGGAAAAUGUUGCGGAUGAUGAAGAGGCCACUUCUAAACCCGUCGACAAGCCAAAAAAGACAAAGACAGACAAUGUUUGCCAAAUGGAUGUCCCAGGGCACCCUGACACCAACAAAAAUCGCGGAAUCGCGCCUCAACCAGUGCAAAUCAUACCCCAAGGACUCGCCAUUACUUGUAACACCAAACAGCAGUCUCAUCCCACACGAAUCAAAGAGCCCCAGCAGGGAACCGAUUUGAACAUGAUCGCCAAAUUGAUGAACAUUGACAGCGGGUCGUCACUUGAAUCGCGUGACAGCAAUCUGUCGACAGACACCGACAUUCCAACGGCUAACAACUCACUAAUGAACCCGGUCUCCGACACUUCGGUUGAUUCCAACGAAGGACCGUGUGACAUGCCAUUAAAUCAGAAUGCAGCGAAGAAUGUUGUCAAGAAAGUUUCAAUCGUUUCUCCGAUUAAACCCCGGGAAACUCUUGAAUCGCCGCUGAAAUGUUCUCCUCAGAAGAAUGCUUUUGUCACUCAGAGGAUCUCGGGGACUUGUUCAACGGGUGGUGAAUGUGAAGAACUUGUUGAUGUCCCCAUUACGUCCUUGUCAAGCUUGAAAUCUUCUGAUAAUGGGAAAGAAACUUGCAACCCAUUCGAUGAAUCUGACUUGAAUAUUUCUCAAGACAAACCGAAUGAUCGCGAAGUUCGCCGACUGUUUGAAUCCGAACACCCCAUGACUACUUCGUCUACAACCGGAGGGUUUUUCAAGAUGAGGAAGGACGAUUCGACCAUUUGUCAUUUGAUGGAUCAGAAUAUUGGGACAGAAACGACAUAUUCAGGACUGAUGGAAAGCAGAAGUAAACCAACUGAUACCGACGAUGCGGAAACUAGUACAUUGCUUCCGGUGAGAACAUUGCAUCCAAAAGCCCUGGAAAAGCUUUUGCAAGAUGAAGAAACUCUGCAGAAAACU